AUGACGCUGGAAAUAUUGCUUAGAAAUAUAACUGCUACCGGUGAGGGAUUUUGGGCACCAUCCAUAGGGUUGGUUCCUAAUGAUAUUGGUGGCAUAGAUGCUGCAACUGUAAUGCUUGAUGAAGAUGACAAUGUUGUAGAAGAUACGCGGGAUAAAAGAAAUAAGAAGUUUGAUCUUGCAAUUCAAUGUAAGAAAAGAAAGAAAGGAGUUCAAAUCGUUAGUCAACAUUUGAGUCGUAUUUGUGAUGUAAUAGAAAGUAAGAAUAUAGUGACAUCUAAGAGCUACGAUAAGUCUGGAUGUAAUAUUGAAGUGGUUAUGGAUGUUGUUCAGGGGAUUGCUAAAAGAGAAAAUGACAUUGACAUCCUUAAGUUUGCAACAGAGGUAUUUCUUAAGAGGCCAUAUAGAGAGAUGUUUGUGAUUAUUAAAGAGCCAUGGUUGCAGAUUGACUUUAUCAAGCAAAUGGGAAUAGAGAAAUUAAUCGUCGUAGCAUGGAAUAAUCUUGUUAUUUUUUAA